CAUCUCGCCGCGAUUGCACCUGCUGCUGCCAGCGAACCGCUCCGCUCUCUGCACUUCACUUGACUGCACCAACGAGUGCACAUCCAUCACUCUUCUCGCAUCCACAUUAGCAUGCGAGCGCGAGACGACUUUCUUAAUCCCGACCCACCUCCCGAGUUUGCAGGAGGCAAAACACUUCCGCACAGCACUAACAGCUGAAUACCAUCACAUUUCCACAUCCUGCAAUUUGCCACAUAGACCACAGUCUAUCACACACCUCAUCCACUAACGAUCUGUCCACAUCUGUCAAGAUGGCACCAAAAGGCAAGAAGGGCAAGAAGGGCGGCGAUGACUGGGACGAAGGUCUCGGUGAGAGCGCCGAUCCGAUAGCACAAGCAGAGCAAGAGGCCAAGGCUGCUGAGGCCGGCGAGGAGGAAGAAGGUGGCGGUGGUGGCUUCAUGGCCAUGCUCAAGAAGAACCGAGAAAAGCGCAAGAAGAAGGGCAAGGUUGCUGACAACGAUUUCCUGGAAGGCGAGGACCCCACGCAAGAGCAAGACGCUGAUGGCAUCCCUGCAGCUCCAGCUGUGGAUCUUGCAGCAAAGGCGCCUGAGGAGGCUACCAUGGACGAUGAGGAUAUCUUCGCACAGCCAGCCAAGGGCAAGAAGGGCGGCAAGGCAGCACAGCAGAAGAAGGCCGAGCCAGAGCCAGAAGAGGACGCUGAAGAGGGUGGCGGUGGCGUGAAGACCAAGGCACAGAAGGAGAAGGAGAAAAAGGAGCGAGAGAAGCAGCGAAAGAAAGAGCAAGCUGCGGCUAAGAAGAAGGCUGCUCCAGCACAACCAAAGGCAGAAGAGAAGAAAGUCGAGGCUGCGGCUCCGGCUCCGUCACUCGAGCCUCCUGCUGCCGGAGGAAAGAAGAAAAAGCUCAGUCCUGCGCUUGCAGCACUGCAGAAGCAGCAAGAAGAGCUUCGCAAACGACAAGAAGAGGAGCAGCGCGAGAGGGAAGAGCUUGCUAAGCGCGAUGAAGAGGAGCGAAAGCGUAUGGAAGAGGAAGAGAAGGCAAAGGAGGAAGCCAAAGCGGCCAAGAAGGCUAAGGAGAAGGCGAAGAUUGAGGAGAUGAAGAAGGCUGGCACAUACAAGACGGAGAAGCAGCGGAAAGAAGAGGCACGCCAGAAGGAACGACUGCAGCAAAUGCUGGAGUCUGGUGUGAAAGUUGCUGCGCUUGAAGGUGACACGGAGCCUAAGAAGCCGUCUUCUGUGAAGGAUCAACGCAAGAAGAACCCUCGCAAGGAGGCCGAGGAGCGCAAGAAGGCCGAGCAACAGGCUCGCGAAGAGGAGGAGGCGAGAGAGCGUUUGGAAGAAUUGAAGUUGAAGGAGGAGCAGGAGAAGAAGCUUGCUGAAGAGGCCGAGAAGGCCAGACUCAACGCCGAAGCCAAGAAGGACGAAGAGGACGAGCUCGAAGACUGGGAGGCAAUGGCGGAAGCAGAGGAGAAUGGUGUCAAGGAUAGCUGGGACGCGGAGUCUGGGGAUGAGAAGGCCAAGCCUGCGGCCAACGGAAAGGCGCCUGCUCAAGCGAACGGCAAAGACGACGACUCAAGUUCAGAAGAGGAGGAUUCUGACUCCGAUGAUUCCUCCGAAGACGAGGCAGCCCUCACGGCGGCCAAGAGACAGGCAGAGCAGAGACGUCGACAGGCCCAGGAGAAGCGCGAAAAGGAGCGUGAAGCUGCUCUCGCUGCCGCGUCCAAGGACAACCUUCGUUCACCCAUCUGUUGUAUUCUUGGUCACGUCGAUACCGGAAAGACGAAGCUGCUCGACAAGGUCCGUCAGACCAACGUCCAGGAAGGCGAAGCAGGUGGUAUCACACAACAGAUUGGUGCCACUUACUUCCCAGUCGAGGCUCUGCAGAAGAAGACGAACAUUGUCAACCAGGAUGGUGCUUUCGAAUUCAAGGUGCCCGGUCUCCUUGUCAUUGAUACACCUGGUCACGAGUCCUUCACCAACCUCCGAUCUCGUGGUUCGUCGCUUUGUAACAUUGCCAUUCUCGUGGUCGAUAUCAUGCACGGUCUUGAGCCUCAGACGCUGGAAUCUAUGAAGCUGCUGCGCGACCGCAAGACACCUUUCAUCGUCGCGUUGAACAAGAUCGACCGUCUCUAUGGCUGGAAGCCUAUCGCCAACAACGGCUUCCGCGACUCUCUCAGCCUGCAGAAGUCCAGUGUGCAAGGUGAAUUCCACGACAGACUUGAGAAGACUAAGCUCGCAUUUGCUGAGCAAGGUUUCAACGCGGAGCUGUUUUACGAGAACAAGUCCAUGGCGAAGUUUGUCUCGCUCGUGCCAACAUCAGCGCAUACUGGAGAGGGUAUUCCAGACAUGCUCAAGCUUCUCAUCACCCUUACGCAAGAACGCAUGACCAAGCAGCUCAUGUAUCUGACCGAAGUCGAGGCCACCAUUCUCGAAGUCAAGGUCAUUGAAGGUCUUGGUACUACUAUCGACGUGGUUCUGUCGAACGGUAUCCUCAACGAGGGUGACAGGAUUGUGCUCUGCGGUACAGAUGGACCUAUCACUACUGAUAUCAGGGCUCUUCUCACCCCGGCUGAGAUGAAGGAACUGCGUAUCAAGUCACAAUACGUUCACAACAAGCAAGUGAAGGCUGCCAUCGGUGUCAAGAUUGCUGCCAACGGUCUAGACACAGCCAUCGCUGGCUCGCGACUGUUGGUCAUGAAGGACAAGAACGACGAGGAUGAGCAAGAAGAGCUCGAAGACGAAGUCAUGGGCGAUCUGGAGAACCUCAUGUCGCGCAUUUCCAAGACUGGUCGUGGUGUCACUGUGCAGGCUUCCACUCUCGGUUCUCUCGAAGCUCUUCUGGAGUUCUUGCGUGUCUCGAAGAUUCCUGUUGCCAACAUCUCUAUCGGCCCUGUGCACAAACGUGAUGUCAUCACUGCGUCUACUAUGCUGGAGAAGGCCAAAGAAUACGCUGUCAUGCUGUGCUUCGAUGUCAAGGUCGACAAAGAGGCACACGAGAUGGCUGAGCAAAUGGGCGUCAAGAUCUUCAUGGCAGACAUCAUCUACCACCUCUUCGACAGCUUCACGGAUCACAUGAGCAAGCUGGCAGCGCAGAAGAAGGAAGAGAGCAAGAUGCUUGCGGUCUUCCCCUGCGUACUCCGGCCGGUUGCUGUCUUCAACAAGAAGGACCCUAUCGUUGUUGGUGUGGAUGUCGUGGAAGGCAAUCUGCGUCUGCACACACCUAUUGCCGUUGUCAAGCAGAAUUCAGUCACUGGCGUGAAGGACAUUUUCACACUUGGAAGAGUGGUAUCGAUCGAACGCGACCACAAGCAAUUAGACAUUUGCAAAAAGGGUCAGCCUUCGGUGGCUGUCAAGAUCGAGGGUAGCAACCAGCCUGGAUAUGGAAGGCAGCUGGAAGACAAGGAUGUGCUCUACUCGCAUAUCUCGAGAGCUUCGAUUGAUACGCUGAAGCAGUUCUACCGAGAUGAAGUCACCAAGGACGAGUGGGCACUCAUCGCCAAGCACUUGAAGGGGCUGUUCGAUGUCAAUUAAACUCGAGCAUUAUGAUUUGGAGAGGGGGCAAAAAUUCACAUAAUCAUUCGGCGUGUCAUGGGUAUAUAGUAUUUGCUUCCACAAC